AUGGACCCCUCUUUCGUUCAAGGGUUGCAUCAGCUCUUGGCGCAGACCAACGUGCCGGACACGGCCGCCGUCAAGGCCGCCACCGACGCGCUGCAGAACCAGUACUACAAGAACCCCGCCUGCGUGCCGGCGCUCUUUGAGAUCCUCGCCACCUCGCCCGACCAGGCCGUCCGCCAGCUGGCCGCCGUCGAGCUGCGAAAGCGCCUCGCCAAGAGCCAGAAGGUGUGGGCCAAGCAGACGGUCGAGGUGCGCAACGGCAUCAAGGUCAAGCUCCUCGAGAUUGUCACCAACGAGGCGACGCCCAUCGUCCGGAAUGCCAUCGCCCGCGUCAUUUCCGAGAUUGCCAAGCGCGAGCUGCCGACGGGCACGUGGCCCGACCUGCUGCCCUUCCUCUUCAACGCCGCCGAGUCGUCCAACGCCAGCCACCGCCAGGUUUCGAUCUUUGUCUUCUACACGGUCCUCGAGACGUUUGUCGACGGCGGCGACGUCCUCGAGCAGCAGCUGCCCCAGAUCAUGCAGCUGUUUGCCAAGAGCCUGCAGGACCCGGAGAGCAUCGAGGUCCGCAUCACGACGGUCCGCGCGCUCGGCAAGGUGGCCCAGAACCUCGACAACGACGCCUCGGCCGACCUGGUGGCGAUGCAGUCGGCCGUGCCCCAGAUGGUCGGCGUGCUCAACCAGUGCCUCGAGUCGAGCAACCAGGAGGGCGUCCGCCAGAUCCUCGACGUCCUCGAGGAGAUCUGCAUGCUCGAGGUGCCCAUCAUCUCGAACCACAUCGCCGAGCUCAUUGACUUUUUCCUCGCCAACGGCGCCAACAAGGACCACGAGGAGGACCUCCGCCUCAUGUGCCUCAACUCGCUCAUCUGGACGUGCUCCUACAAGCGGUCCAAGGUGCAGAGCCUCGGCCUGGCCAAGCCCAUGAUCGCCCGGCUGAUGCCCAUCGCCGUCGAGGAGGACUCGGACGACGCCGACGAGGACUCGCCCUCGCGCCUCGCCCUCCGCGUCAUCGACAGCCUCGCCACCGAGCUGCCGCCCAGCCACGUCUUCCCCGCCCUCCUCGAGCAGAUGCAGACCUACAUGAGCAACCCGGACCCGCACCACCGCAAGGCGGCCAUGAUGGCGUUCGGCGUCUCGGUCGAGGGCUGCUCCGAGUAUAUCCGCCCGCACAUGAACGACCUCUGGCCGUUUGUCGAGGCCGGCCUCAAGGACCCGCACACCGUCGUCCGCAAGGCUGCCUGCGUCGCCCUCGGCUGCCUCUGCGAGAUGCUCGAAGAGGAGUGCGCCGCCAAGCACGCGUCGCUGCUGCCCGUCAUCAUGGAGCUCGUCAACGACCCCGAGACGCAGCGCUCGGCGUGCACCGCCCUCGACUCGCUCCUCGAAGUCAUGGGCAACGACAUCUCCCAGUACCUGCCCGCCAUCAUGGAGCGCCUCGCCGGCCUCCUCGAGACGGCGCCGCUGCCCGUCAAGGCCACCGUCACGGGCGCCAUCGGCUCCGCCGCCCACGCCUCCAAGGAGGGCUUCCUGCCCUACUUCCAGCAGACGAUGCAGCGGAUCCAGCCCUUCCUGUUGCUCAAGGAGGAGGGCGACGAGAUGGACCUGCGCGGCAUCACCACCGACACCGUCGGCACGUUCGCCGAGGCCGUCGGCAAGGAGGCCUUCCGCCCCUACUUCCAGGACCUCAUGAAGCUCGCCUUUGAGGGCAUGGAGCUCCAGAACCCACGCCUGCGCGAGUGCAGCUUCAUCUUCUUUGCCGUCAUGUCGCGCGUCUUUGGCGAGGAGUUCUCGCCCUUCCUGCCCCACGUCGUCCCCAAGCUCAUCGAGAGCUGCCAGCAGUCGGAGCACGACCCCGUGCCCGGCGCCUCGGGCGACGGCACCAUCAACGGCAUCGGCAUCCCCGGCGCCAGCACCGGCGGCGACGACGACGACGACGACGACGGAUUUGUCGACAUCGACGAGCUCAACGACGCCUUCCUCAACGUCAACUCGGCGGUGGCCAUCGAGAAGGAGGUCGCCGCCGACUCGCUCGGCGAGAUCUUUGCGCACACCAAGCAGGGCUUCCUGCCCUAUGUCCAGCAGUCGGUCGAGCAGCUCGUCAUCCUGCUCGAGCACUUCUACCAGGGCAUCCGCAAGAGCUCCGUCUCGGCCCUCUUCACCUUCAUCAACACCCUCAACGAGAUGAGCAACCCGCAGGAGUGGCAGCCGGGCAUCCAGGUCAAGGUGCCCCUCAACCCCGAGGUGCAGAAGCUCGUCAGCGCCGUCAUCCCGGCGGUCAUGGAGAUGUGGGAGAGCGAAGACGACCGCACCGCCGCCAUCGAGAUCUGCCAGUCGCUGGCCGAGUGCCUCAACAAGAACGGCCCGGCCAUCAUCGCUCCGGACCACCUCGACGUGGUGUGCACCUACACGAUCAUGAUCCUCGAGAAGAAGAGCCCGCCGCAGCUCGAUUCGGAGAUCCCCGAGGAGGACAACGAGGAGGCGUCCGAGUACGAGUCGGUGCUCAUCUCGGCCGCUUCGGACCUGGUGGGCGCCAUGGCCAACGUGCUCGGCGACGACUUUGUCCAGCCGCUCAAGCAGUUCAUGCCGCAGAUCAUGAAGUACUACACGCCCGGCCGUUCGGUGAGCGACCGCGCCACGGCGAUCGGCUCGCUGGGCGAGAUCAUCACGGGCAUGAAGCAGGCCAUCACGCCCUUCACCCAGGACGUCCUGUCGCUGCUGUCGCGCGCCCUGUCGGACGAGGAGGCGUCGGUGCGCUCCAACGCCGUGUUUGCCUCGGGCGUCCUCAUCGAGAACAGCGAGACGGACCUCAGCUCGCACUUCCCCGCGCUGCUGAGCGCCAUCCGCCCCUUCUUUGACAAGGCCGACGGCGAGAGCGACGAGGUCAAGACGGCGCGCGACAACGCCUGCGGCUGCCUCGCCCGGAUGAUCAUCAAGAACAACGACGCGCUGCCGCUCGACCAGGCGCUGCCCACCCUAUUCUCCUCGCUCCCCCUGCAGAAGGACAUGGCGGAGUGGACGCCCGUGCUGCACUGCAUGAUGAACCUGAUCCAGGCCAACAACGCGGUCGCCACGCAGCACAUUGACACGAUCCUGCAGCUGUUUGCCCACGUCCUCGGCUCGGACGACAACAGCCUGGGCGGGUUGCUGCGCGGCCAGGUGUGCGGCUUCAUCAGCCAGCUCAACUCGCAGAUCCCCGACAAGGUCCAGGCCGCCGGCCUGCAGCAGUACCUCGUCUAG